GUCCCCUAGCGUCAGCUUCCCGAUCCUUACCAACCCUCCCGCCCCGCUGAGCGUAGCGACGCGCUAUCCGCUCGCAGGGCACAGCAUGUGGCCAGGGCCGCCGCGGCGACAGGCUAGCCACAAGUUCUCGGGCACCCAUCUUCAGUUUGUUAUCCUAUCUACAUAUUCUUGCCAUUGCCCCACCUGGGCGUCUACUGCCCUAGUCCAGCAUGGCGCGGCCGGCGCGCGCACCGCUGCCGCUGCUGGCGGCGACGUCGGCGGCGGCACUCUUCGCUGCCACCUGCGAGGCGCUGGCGGCCGCGCCGGCGGAGCUCUCGGCGGAGGCGCCGGCGGGCGCGGCUCCAGUGGCGAUCCUGCUGUCUGGCAUGCUGGACCGGCUGCUCGUGACCCCGCUGCUAGAGAACCUCGUGCGCGCCAACGUUGACGCAGGCACCCCGGUGGACAUUUUCUUCGGGAUGAAGCCGCAGAUGGACGGGCAGAACUACGCGUCGAACAAGGGAGAGAGCAAGUGGCUGGUGGCAGAGGCAGGGUCGCAGAAGUACGUGAAGGAUCCGAGAUUGACCAGGUUGCGCGCCACGAACGUCUCCAACAAGGAGCUGUUCGGGCGGCUCUGCGAGUGGUCCCUGGAGGCGGGCGCGGGCAGGUGUGUAACGGAGGAGGAGGCGGAGGAGCCGCUCGAGCUGCCCGACGACGAGGUGCAUCGGAGCAUCAUGUCCUACUACAAUCCAAUCUCGACCGCAACGGGCCAGAACGUUCUGAGAAGGUGGCGUACCAUCGACAGGCUCCUGAACAAGGCGAAGGAUGCGGAGCUGGCGCACGGCUUCCGGUAUAACUCGGUGCUCAUCGCGCGCGACGACAACUAUUGGUUGACCCCGUACAUAUUCGACACGACGGAUUUCGAGGCUCGCCCCUCCAUACUGAGGUCUACCUCCCGCUUGGAGGCGCAUGGCAUUAACGACAAAACGCUCCACCUGGGUCGGGACGCCGUUGAUCGGAUGGGGGCCCUCUACCAGGCCUGGAAGCGGGUGCCCCACGACGCGCUUAGGGACACCCGCAACGCCGAGGAGUUCUUGUUUAAGCUGGCGAUGUUGGAGGGUGUCGGGAUCAGGCCGACUGGCUUCAAGUACGCCCUUGCGUCCCUGACGGAGAGCGGGAUCCCCUGCUAUCGCAAGCAGUCUUACAACCUGACCGACAAGGGCGGCUACCACAAGUGCCACGACGAGGCCACGGAGGACGGCCCAGUCACGAAGCUAUUCAGGACCUUCAGCUGCGACACCAUGAAUCCAGUCUUCUUCGAUGCGCUGAGCAGCGACGAGGUUGCCGCGCUCAGGGGUACCAUCCUCGAGGCGUCAGGGAGGGCCGGGAACGUGUCUGUCGUGUUCACCAUUUCCGACCUCGCCGACAUCGACAAGGCCGUCAUAACGCUGGCCAGCUUGCGGUCGGCUGACCCGUCCGCGAGGGCCGUCGUGGUGACCCGGGCGCAGGGCUGCGAGAGGAUCAGGCGCGCGGCCGGAAAUUCCGCGUGCGUUGAGUUGCCCCGGGUACUCGACGACCAGAGGGUCAAGGUCGCUUUGCUCACCACGGCCGUCUUCAGCGGUGCGGCUGGCGGCAUCCUCUUCGCGGAGCCCGGGGUCAAGUUCCAGGAGGACCCUGUAGCAGCGUUUACAGAUGUCAGUGGUGGCCACGAUGUUGUCUUCGCCCCGAGGCAGGCCGCGCAGUGUGAUGCUCUGGCCGCCAGCGCCGACGUCAGCAGCAGCCUUUUCUACGUCAAGAGCACGCCGGGAGGGUCGCACGCGCUCAUGCGGGCGUGGAUGUUCCUGGCCGAACAGAAGCUUCCCGGAGGCUACUACGUGGGCGAGCGGGUCGCCUUGGGCAUCGACUUCACGCUGUCGGGCGUGUCUCUGAACGCGGGCGACGCCGGUACUGUCCGGGGCCCGUCGCAGAAGGACCUGGAGCGGGUCGUCGUCGACCUCGACAGGUUGCCCUCGGGGUCCGGCCUCGCGCUCUUGCCGAGGCAGCUCUCGCCGAGAGGCUCCCGGUCGCUGCUCGCGCGCGCCGUGGCGGCCUCCGCGGGCGUGCGGGCAGCGGCGACGCGGUGCGGCCGGCUGGGCUGGGCGCACCUGCCCGAGGAGGAGUGAGGCUUGCGGGCGCCCUCCUCCUCGCUCGCUCGCGCGCUCGCACACCUCUCCUCCAUCCUCCUCUUCUUGCCUCCCCUUGCUCCCCGCGUGACGCCGCUGCACGUGCGUAGCGAACUCGCAUCGUUAUAGUUCAUCGCGCUCGUUUCCGCCCCACUGAACGUUUCCUUUCCUGCCCGAGUCGGGGGCCAUUCCUCCUUUACGAGUUUGACGCCCUGAGUGAAUGGCACGACUCUCCUCACCCCUCCCUCCCUUUCUUCCUCCCCCUCCUCCCCCUCCUCCUCCUUCUCAUCCUCCUCAUCCUUCUCCUCCCUCCGCUGUGCGCUGCGCAGCUACUCGACAUUCUGUGCGAGACCGAAUGCUUGUCGCUCGAGCUUACUUCGCCCCCCCGACCAAAAACACAUGCAAUGUUUGGGAAAGCUUCUGAAAUGGUGUUGUGUCGUGCGCCGAGUGGAAGACGCCACCGCGCCGCGCGUCGCCGCGCCUGGCUUCCCCUCCUCGUUGCGCCCUCUUCGCCUUCGCCCCCCCUCCCCCACACCAACGACACACGCAACGUUUGGGAAGGCUUCUGAGAUGGUGUCGUGUCGCGCGCCGAGUGCAAGACUCCACCGCGCCUGGCUUCACCUCGCAUGCCGUCGUACUCUUGUGCUUGUCUGCUCAGUGGCGCCCCUGGGCCCUGGGAUGGGCUCUCGGGCUCUCUCUGGCGCCGCACCGUGCAGGACUCGCCUUGAGUGCGGCCUCGGCUUCGAGUCCCCGUUGCCCUUCGGUUCAUGCGGGGCCGUCGGAUUCUAUGAUCCGUCUAUCAGCGUAUUGGCGCGGCUCUGCAUGGUACCGUUUUUUUUACUUCGUGGUGCCGUUUGAGCCCAGCUGCAUCGCAAGCUUCGAACUGCAAAUUGGCUUGUGAACGUGUAGAUGCAGGAAUGGUUGGCCGUUUGGGCCUCCGCAGACAUAUUUCCACGGCUGCUGCUGUGUACGCAACGUUCUACAAACAAGUUCAGCCACUGCCCGAAGGG